UCGAUAGCACCAGACAAAAUGAUGCUAUUCCAACUGCUCUGGGGGAUGUUCAUACUUCAAGAAAGUACACUGGCGAUAUUACAAAAUGGGUUUGCUUUCAAAACGUCCAUAUGUGAGGGCAAAAAUGGCGGACUUUUACCCAUGCUUGGAACUUGCAAGGGAUACUAUGUGUGUGCAGAUGGAAAAGCUGUGAUCGGGACCUGCGAAAAAAAUACCGUGUUUAAUCCUUUAACCUUGCACUGCGAUGAUCCUGAUAAGGUGGAUUGUAUUUUCGAUGGCCAGGAUAAUGGCAGUGAUGAAACAUUCAGUUCCGAAAGUGAUGAAGACGAUGAUGAAGUUAUCGUGAGGACUGAACCUCCCGUUACAGUCAAACCAACGAGAAAACAAAGACCGUCGGCCCAAGAUAUUGGUCUUUCGGAUAUAACAAAUAGAAUUUGUGCUGGAAAGAAAGAUGGAGUUAUGCUAGCAAAGAAGGGCUCCUGUCAGGAAUAUUUUGUCUGCAAGGCAAGGAAACCUUAUCUUCGCUCUUGCACUGAUCAACAGCACUUUAGUCCAACUCGACGAAUUUGCAUGAAACCUUCAGAGGCCAAGUGCUCAGCUGGUUUAAGGGAAACCCAAUCAUUGGAUGGUCCAGCCAUAACUGGAGGAUUAUGUUCAGAUGAAAAGGAAAACUCACUAGUACCACAUCGAAAAGACUGUGGCAAGUUUAUGCUCUGCAGCAACAUGAUGUUUUUGGUAAUGGACUGCCCCGCUGGUUUACAUUUCAAUGCUGCUUCCUCACGUUGCGAUUAUCCCAAGAUUGCCAAAUGUAAGACGAUGCGAAAAGAAACCAAGUCAAAAUCAAAGCCAAAAAAGCCUGUUCGAAAGGCCAAAACUCAUUCCUUGUAACUCAC